AUGGGGGGGAACGCGAAGAUAGAGUGGGACGAGAAGAAAAAACGCCGAGUCAAGCACAGCUUCAAGGACCGGACAGCCCGGUUCUUCACCAGCAAAUUCGAUGCCGAUGGCAGGCAGGUCGGUGAGUUGUGGAAGAAGCUGAUGGAUGCUGAGAACGAUACGGACCGGGUCAGGCGGAAGCGGAAGGAAGCGGUGUGGGAGGCGUACGAGGCUCUGGCCCCGUAUCUUCGGGAUCAGAAGUAUAGCGCCGCCACAGGGAGCGAUCCAGCCAAGUAUAAACAAGUCGUACACGCGUUCCUUAAGGCGUUCGUGGCGGCCUACGGGGAGACUCACGUGACACACUACAUGCACAUCAUACACGCGCACGGGGACUACUUCAUCCAGAAGUACGGAAGUCUUGCUCGCUGGAACACCCAG